GGGCUGGAAUCAUGUAGUUUGAUUUUAAGAAGGUGGGAGUGGCUAAUGGUAAUUUAUGCGUCACUAAAGAGGAUAUCCAGGCUAGUUAUUAUUGAACACAUCUCUCCCUUAUUGGGCAAUAACUCCUUUACGCAUGGUGUGCUGCUGUUCAAUAAAUGCACGAGCAUCACAAUUCGCAGUCUCUCAACCAUUGCUGCUUUGAAGGACCUGGGCCUGAGCACUGCGUCUGUCUUGUUGUCACUCAGAGGCGUCAUAAUUUUCUAGAAGGCCCGUAGACGGGUUCUGCAGGGACCUAGAUGUUUCUCAGUUUGGUCGCUCACACCUUCCUACACUCGAGCGUCUCUCUCCCCCUCUCUCAUUACGCAUUGAGAUCCUGCUCGGCGUUCUCGUGUGCGCACUGCCAGAGGAGCACUCACUCAGAGGUUCUCGUACACACACGCGCGCGCGCGCGCUAAAUGAUGUGGAUUGUCGCGGUUAAAGGAGGAUUUCUGUAACGCGCCAGAUUUCUUUCUUUCUUUCUUUCUUUCUUUCUUUCUUUCUUUCUUUCUUUCUCUUUUUUUCUUGUUCUUGCACAUUUGUAUUGUAUGUCUGGGUGGCGGCGUGCCGCGGCGUGCGGCGGCACACGUGUAACGGAGGCGCACCGCGGGUUGCGCGCGCUUCUCCGCCGACCGACUGUUGCGCCCGUAGCGCGUCCAUCAAAAGCAUGAGGGGGAACUCGGACGGCGGCGGCGACGCGCUCGCGGACAACGAGCCUCUUGCCACUUCAUGAGGCGCGAGCUUCUUGUCUUGUCGGAAGCGGCUACUACAAAAGAAGGGAAAAUAAAAAUAAGAAAAACACGGCGGCGGAGCGCGCGCGCAGGAUGAGAAGCACGGACCUGCUGCUCGCCUACUUUCUGGUGAAAGUUGCUGCGUGCGACGUGGCCAGUGAAAGCACUAGACAAGUCGGCUCGGUGGCCGUGUCUGGUUCCAACGAGUCCCGUGACGACGAGAGCGGUCUCCCGGAGCCGCCGCACACAGAGGACAAAUGUCGGGGCUACUACGACGUGAUGGGCCAGUGGGACCCGCCGUUCGUGUGCCGCACCGGCAGCUACCUGUACUGCUGCGGCACGUGCGGCUUCCGCUUUUGCUGCGAGUUCAAGGAGUCGCGCCUCGACCAGCGCGCGUGCACUAACGACGGCACGCCGCCCUGGUCCAUCACGGGCAGACCGCCACCCAAGAAGAACGACCCGGCGCACGACCCCACGAGGGAUAAAACCAACCUGAUUGUGUACGUCAUAUGCGGAGUGGUCGCCAUCAUGGCUCUGGUGGGGAUUUUCACCAAACUUGGGCUGGAGAAGGCGCACAGACCUCACCGAGAAAACAUGUCUAGAGCGCUGGCGCAGGUGAUGCGGCAGACAGGAGGAGAGGAACGUGAGGAGAGUCUGGCUGUGCACGGACAGCCAUACGAGACCCUGCAGGCCAGGACAACAGGAAAUAACCUGCAAAGCAACCAGAUAAACAAUGUGGGCCCAGGACCAGUGUCCCCGUACCCUACACUGGGUACACCAAUGUCUCCAUAUGCUACAUUGGGACAGAUUUCUCACAACUAUGAGCAACCCCAGCCUGUCAAAGAGCUCAACAAAUAUGCAUCGUUGAAAGCAGUAGCUGAGAAGGCUAAUGAAAACUUUUACACAAACCGGAGACACGGUUCGGAUUUGACGACCAAAGGCACACUACCCCUGCACCCAGUGCAGCUUGAACCGGAGCCGACCAACCCUUAUAGCCCAGAGAUGCCUUGCCAAAAACAAAAUGGACACAAGGCCAAGAGCAUGAAGGUGACGUGCUCACACCCACUGCCCUAUGGCUCCAACACCAUUUCCACCCCAGGCAUGCUAAGGAGCCGCGAGGCAUCAGAGGUUCUUGGGCGUCGCCACACAUAUGGCCCUAAAAAGCAGAGCACACUACUGGAGCAGGUCAAUGAGCUGACCUCACACAGCCAGCAUUACCUGCCUCCCCACCCAUACUAUAUCAGUAACAGCAAGACUGAAGUGACGGUGUGAAGAGGUAUGACACAGCCAACUCGACUGAGCCAGACUAGACUAAUGGAAGAGUGAAAGAAAACCGAGGAGGUCUGAGAGCUGUUUUUUCCCAUGGGAUUGGCAUUGGCAGAGCUGCAUCUGACCAUCUGCUUGAGCCCCAUGUGCAGGAUCUGUACUUUUUUCUUUUCAGGAAGGCAUGAAAAAAGUAUGAUGUAGGACUCUGGACUUCUGGAGCAACAAGCAGUAUAUUUUAUAAUCUGUACUCUCUUUUUUUUCAGUUACUGUCAUGUCUGUAUUAUAAUGCAAUUUAAUAAUAUAGUUAUAAGCUUUUGACAGAAACAAAGUGUCCAGCAGACUAGUAAAUUGUAACGCAAUUACACUCAUCUGCAGUGCAUAAUGGGAGCAGUGCUACUCUGUUCAGUUUGUCUGUAAUUCUGAAUGCAGGGAUAGAUAGUUCUGGGAUACACAGGCAGCAGGGUCUUGGAGUAUCUCAGGCUUGAAUGGGCACAAAUUCACUAAUUCUGGACAGGUCUUUUUUUUUCCUUAAUUUUACCGAGUUUAUUUUCAUAUUGUAUAAGAACAAUGUGUACCAAAAUCUCUGUAUUGAUACUGCACACAUCCUGGAGCCUAUGCUUUUCAAUCAUAGUCAGCAAUUUUGUGAUUUUUUAUAGUAAUUCCAGUAUAUAGGGCUCAAUUCUCACAGUGUAAUUUGCUUAUUAAUGCCAGCCUGUUGCCAUUUUAGUUGGGAACAAGAAUUGUAUUUAUUAUUUUUACAUUUGCACUUGUUUGCUCACUGUUGCUGUUUUGAACAUCAUAAAUGAAUGAUGGUAGAAUGGCUAAACCCAUUUGGUCCAAAAUCUACAUGCUCAAUUCAACUUCUUAAGACCAAUUUUUAGCAUAGGUGCAUGGAUAAGACUGUAUUUUGACUGACCUGAUACACAGAAUACCUAGUCUUGUCCAAUUUCUUUGCAAUCCUAUUUUGUAGAUGUUUACUACUUAUGUAGCCACGUCACCCAAUUGAUAACUAAGUACAACAGAGUUAUUUCAUUAAUCAGUUUAGUGCACCUGUGCAUGCAUGUCUAGUCCUUCAACAAAGUCAAAGUGACAGUGAUAUAGUGCUUGCUAUAAAUACCUUCACACUAUGGCUCAUCACAGUAGAGAAUUAGCAUUUAGCAUCCUGUCCGUAGGAUGCUGAUGACUUUUGUCACCAAAUGGGUCUCUACAUAGGCAAGGCAGCGCCUACACUCUUUGCACUCUUCCAACAGAUGACUAACUGCCUGAUGAACAAAUACCUGGCCUUACAGUUCAAAUACUGCCAUAAUGUAUUGUGUGUAAUGUACUGGGCACAUUCUGCAGAUUGUCCUUCAUUGAUUGAUGCAAGGUCAAUGUGCUACAAAUUUGAUUGAGUUAAACUUAUUCAGGAACAAGGUUACACCAGAACCUUUUGUCCAAAAUCAGAGUAAGCUAAUCACAUCAUCAACAUAUCAUUUUCCCAUCCUCUUUCUUCUUGUGAUCUUUAGCAAAAUGUUGUCUUCAAUAAUUUGCACCAUAAAGCAGUGUCUCUUUUGGAUGCUUGGAUAGUGGUCCUAAGGGCUCCAACAUAAGAGUGAGGUAUCUGACUUGCAAUGAAAGUUUGCCAUGAUAUACCGUCAAUUUGAUAUACUCUGUGCUCUGGCUAGCUGAAAUGGCAACCAAAUACAUUUUCAGCAUAAAUGACCACUAAUCAGCAGUCCCUUUAAGAAAGCAAACACCUCUUGCAUUGCAGUGACAGUCCAUAUAUCAUUUUUGAAAUAUUCUCACCUUAUACAAGGCCCACAUACUAGGGUGGUUAUUUUUCCUGGACUGCUACAAUGUGUGUCAUUACUACACUCACAAAACAUGGCUGGCAGUGGUGGACAAUCACGCAGCAAGCCACCAAUCAGGGUCGAGCACGCUCUCUGUUUUAAACUUUUUUGAUUGCCACUUGCUGGUGUCUACUUAAUAAAUAAACCAAGAAACUCCUGACACUAACUUGCCAUAACACCCCUGACUUUAUUUACACAAUUUUCUUUUAAGUAGUUGAAAAAAAAGGCUUUGGGCUUAUUAUAAUUUAAAUAGAUAUCAAUCAGUGACUCAUUAAUAUCAUUCUAUUAAGAGAUCGAUGUGUUAAGAGUAACAGAGUCUUUUAACAUAAACUGAGUUGAUUAAGCAAAGAGUUAUAAUAGGAACAUUAGAGCCAUAAAAAAUCAUAGCGCUUAAGACACAAUUUUAAAGACAAAAAACUUUUGUACUUUUAUUUAAGUGAAAGUUUAAGCGGAGCACUUUUACUUUUAACUCAACUCCAUGGUUUGUGUUCUUCGUCCACCACUGCUGGCACCCCUUCAUCUCAGAAAAUCUUACAAGAGAAGCAGUAGCCUGGGCAUUCCAACCACUACCAAGAACAGAAGUGGCCAUUUAAGGACCAUGUGUAGAACUCUAUUGUUUGCUUACAGAUUAAACCAUAUUUGACAUCAAAUGAUCUGUUAGUGCCAAUAACCAUGGAGUAUCUGAGAGACAUGGAUAGGUACAUAAGCAACAGUAGGUGCCUUUGUAAGGAUGCUGUAGACAGUGUAAGGGUGAUGAAGGAACUUGAUGUCAAUAGCCAGGAUGAGCACACCCUCUCAUUUGUGGCUCAUAGUGAGUCUGUGUGAGCUGCUUAGUGGCAAUACAGCUGCUGACCACAAGGGCAAUGGAGGAACACAUCUGUUCCACCAUUCCUGAAGUAAGCCACAAAACAUUGCAGGAAAACGGAACUUUGGUGGAUAGAAAAAAAACUAUUCCCCAGCUGAAUAUAAUGCCAAAAUCUACAUGUCAAAUAGAGAAAAGAAUUAGUGACAUGGCAUGAAGGUAUUUACUGUAUAUUAAUGACAAAUCACCCAUAUAUUUGUCACUGUUUUUGAAGCUCUCAUCAUGUAGGUGCACAUGCAAAGGAGAACACUAUUACAGUGCUUCUGGUAGUUGGACAGGGUGAAAUAGAGCAACAAAAAAAAAACAUCUGAAUUUAGUACAGGCCAAGUCACAUUUGAAUCUUCCUUUAAGCACCUAUUGGGGGCUGAAACAAAGUCUACAUAUUGCAGCAAGAUUUUGCUCAAGCUAACAGAACACUGUCAACCCAGCUAUGUAUGAACUCUAAUUAAAUGGCUGGUCUGACAAGACAUUUUAGAAUGAAACAUGCCUCUGCACUUAGCUGACUAUAGCGCCCCCUUGCAGCAAUGCUUAGAAUUGUGUUUGACGUGUUGAGGGUCGUGUUAAAAAUUUAGCCAUGACACAUUUAUUUUACAUAUGUUUCAAGCCCUUUGCUGUACACGUGCUUAGAAGUCGACACAAGCUGUUAGAUGCACCCUUAAAAUGUACAACUCUCUAGAGUUUGCCCACUCUCAAAGAUGUUCUCAACAUCAUCAGAUGUCAUCCAAUAACUCUUUGUACUCCUAUAUACAGUAUAUAUACGAAACUCUGCGUGAAAUCUUUUGCCGUGUGAGGGUUUAGUUUUCCAGCAAUAUGUAGCGUGUGGUACAAUAUAGACAUGGAUGAGAUUGUGUUUUGCAAAGACACGAGUAAUUUAUUAAUUUGACCUUUUGCACAGGUGUUUGCUUGCAUUGUGUGAUCACAGUGCAAGCAAGUUUUAGUUCCACUGAUGAUCUUUUAAAAUUAGCAUUUAUUCUGUUUUGUGAAUAAACUACUUAAUAUAAGUGAUGUAUUAUUUAAUUCCAAAAUAAGUCUCAUUAAAUAUAUAUAUUAUAGUGCUUAUAUCAGAAAUAUCAUGGCAAGAGUACAGGUGGGUGAUACCACUUUUGUUAUGUUUUUUUGUUAGUUUGUUUUUUCAACAAAGAAUACAAAGAUGAUCCUGAUACUGAGUCUUCUUGUGUAUAAAAAAUGGAAAAUUUGUGGUACAGGUAGAAUUUUUAGGCAUGUAUAUAAAGUUAUAUCGUGACCUCAGUAUUAUAAGGUUCUAUCUGCCAUAUUGGUUGAAAAAAAGAAAAAAAAACAAUAGGUAAAACUUUUUACUGAUCUCGUGUUAUUAAUACAUUUUUUACGUUAUAUUUUGGUGUAAUAUUUGGGCGGAGAAAUUUACCAAACAAUAAUUUUUCAAUCAAAUUUAAAUUCGGUAUAAAGUUCUUUCUUCCAGACACUCAUCAUCCACAGUAUGAACUUAGCCAUGGCCAAAAAACAUUCACAUUCUCUUUACACUCUGAGAGAGAAGAACAGAUCUGAUGUCUCAGUAUGGCAAGCCAAAGAAGUAAAUAAAAGUUUGGUUGUAUAUAUUCUUUAAAAGUAAUAAAAUGUAAGUAUAAAAAAAGCAAUUAUAUUACAGGUCUAUACAUUUUAUUAUCAUUUGGGCACAUUAAAAAGUCUUCAGAAAGCAGAAGAGUAAUAUUGUGGCUAAAUGUAGCUAACAUUAGCAUUAAAUAGUAGUGUAGUUAAAAUGAGCUAGCAACAUGCACUGUGCUUAGUAAACUGAAGUUUGCAGUAUAAAUGUGUCUGCAGGUCAACUUGCAGAAAUGUAAGAUGUGUUUUUACAAAACCAUGUACUGUUUGUUCUGAUGUAUUGUAAUAUUGUCAAAAGUCUUAAAGGGAAAUUUCGAAAUAAAAUAUCUUGUUGAGAACAACUUCGGUUUCUAAAAAUUGAUUGAAACGUACAGUACUGAUGGUGAUUAUGUUGGUUUAAAUGUCUGAAAGGUAUGAAAAUGUAUUUUCCUGCUGAGUUUAUUAAAAGAUACUAGGUAAUCAAUGAGAUCAAAGAAAUUUGCUUUAGAGAACCUUAUAAAACUAGUGCUGGAUCUUAUACAAUAAUAUUUUUUUUAUUGGAAGUAUGGACAUUGUUUGAAAUACUAUCUCAGACUACAUACCUGUGAAAUACUAAUAUCUCAGACAUCCUAUAAUUUAAAAAUGAAGAAAUCUUAUUGUGUUGUACAAAUAAACAGGUUUUGAUGGUUUGGCUCGAACGGCUCUUCACCAAGAUAGAACCCUAUAAUACAAAGAUCAUGAUAUGCGAAAUAGAUAAUUUUGAGACUUGUGAGGUCCUGUUUAAUUACAGAAAUAAAAAAAAAUUCCCUACAACACAUACACUGCAUGAAACCGGAGUCAUACAAUACUGGAUUGUGGAUGGAGCAGCAGUUUUCCAGUAGUUUUUCAUGUUCUAAAACUUUUAGUUUACACACACACACACACACACACACACACACACACACACACACACACACACACACACACACACACACACACACACACACACACACACACACACACACAAACUUAUACAUUAAAUGUAUAACUUGCCUAGAUGGAAUGUCCCUGUGUGUAGCUGUAGUGGGUCAAUAAACUUUGGGAAAUCUUUAAUUGAAUGUUGUUUGAUUUCCCCGUUAGCCUGAUGUGUAUAUUUAAACCCCUGCAUGUGUAUUUUUGAUGAUUAAGAUUGUGAAAUAAAUUUCGCACAUAGGUUAUCGAAUGUCCACAUUUGUGAAACCAACACUAACAUAUUCAAGAUAAAAUGUAUUCGCACAGAAAACGAAACCUGGUUGCUUGUAAUAUCGAUUCAUAAGUCAGUGCGAAAAUCAUUUUCAGCCAACUUGCUGCUCUGCUUUUCCACUUGAUCACAGCGACACUAAAAACAUACAGUGAUGAGUUUUAACGUUUUUUUGGUUUUGCCCAUAUGCUGUUUUUGAUUUGUUAAAAAUGUAUUAUUUGCCUCGGGCCCUAAAAGACCCUAAAACAUUUCUGUCGAUUAUUGUAUCUCAUUUGUCUCUGUCAUUUGUUUCUUCUUUUAAUGGCAAAAAAAUACUGUAAAACUUCCAGAAAGAAAUGUCACAUGGUAAAUGGUUGUUUAAUGUUUUAUUUAUUUUUUUAUAAAAUCCUAUAACAUGGCUUGGUAACAGGUAACAGUAGCAAAGCUUUCCCAUCCCUUUUUGUUUUUUCUUCUGUAUAGUCCUUUGUUGAGCAUAAAGGCACAUCCAAUGUGUUCAGUCUAAAUAUCUUUAGGAAAGUAAACUACCAGUGUAUACUAUAUUGGAUAUAUAAUGUAUGGUAUUACUGCACUAAAUCCAUGUCAGAAUUAAGUAUUUUUAAGCACUGGCUCCAAAAAUACCACAUUACCUGACUGCAUUAUUUGCCGGAGUCCUUUACGAGCAGUUGUUGGUGUGUUCAGCUGGAACAAUGUCCUACUGAUGCUGAUAUUAGAAAUAGAAGAUUCAAGUUAUCUUGCCUUGGGACUACAUUUUCUUUAUCACCCAGAGAAAUCAAAGAUGCAUUUGUACUUAUCUGUAUCAAACAUUGUAUUUACUGCAAGUUGGAAUGGAUUAUGAGGGGAUUUUUUUAAAUGAUUGACAAACAUACAGUAUGAUAUGAGAAGUCAUCCAGAAAAGUCAUUGUAAAAAGUACUACACAAUCAGUAUUGAGACUAGAAAUUGUGAAAAGUGAACUAAAAUGUGAUUUUGUUGUAAAAUGUGCAUCAUUGCAUUUAGAUGUUAUGUAUUUACAUGAAUUGUUGGGUUCAAGCACUACUUGAUGAAUUCCACAUGUUUGAAUGUUUUCCCCUGUUAUAUAAAGCAUCACUUAUGCAAUAUGCCAUGUGCUGCAUUAGAUCUGUCCUGCGAUAUGAUACACGGCUGGCCAACACUUAAACUGCAUGUAUUCAUCACGCCACGCAACCCUCAAAUCUGCGUCACUGCCACAUCGAUGGUGAAAAUAGCCUGAAAUAAUGGCUUCUGGUUUGACAUUCACCAGAUUCGCUUAAUGUUUAUUAAAAUGUCUCCGAUAAAUGGUGACCUAAUGACAUGCAGCACAUCAGACUGGACAAAACAUUGAAAGUGAUUACACUACAAUAAAUUGAAUAAGAGAAAAAGGAAUUAAAUGACGUUUUCAGUCAUGAAUACAAAAGAAUGCAACAAAAAAAUCUUUUCUUAAUAUGAAAGAAAGUCGGAUUGCUACUGUUUCACAGUCUUGCAAACCAAAAUAAUCAGGUUAAGCCUUAUUAGCUGAAAGGUAAGAGCCUCUCUGUCACAGUUUUAAACAGAUAAACAGCUCCUGGGAAUGUUGAUUAUCAUUUAAUUGUGUUGUGUUUGACUCUUUUAGCAUUCAUUAUCAUCUAUUAUCUCAAACCGCCUCAUUUAACGGUACACAAAGCAGCAACCAAGAAGAGCCCGUGCAAAUUCGAUAUAUCGAUGUACUACAUAUAGUAUUAAGUAUUAAGAGUAACACUAUUAGAGCGAUCAAGUCUGUAUAACUAUAUUGUACGAAAGGGCUGAUAUUUCUACAGAAUGCCAGAACUGUGACCUAAUUCAUGGUGGAGCACUUACAAUACUUUAAAUGAAGUCUGUACCAUGACAGACUGAAAAUGCUUUUAUAUCUCAGGUAACGGUUAAAGCAAAUGGCAUGGGUUAUAUAAAUGUAUAAUAAUACCUGUAUAGUAAUAAUGGAGGAAAAAAAACAGAAUAGUGAUAUAGUCUCUAUUUUACAGAGUAGCUUAAUGGUUGCUAAACAGCUUAAAUUGUCCAAUUUAGUUGUCAAUGUUGUAAUUUCUGUAUCACACGUGAUGGUGUUUGAAAAAUCUCUCAAUAACGAAUACAUUGAGAGUAAAUAUAGUAGUAGGCAACACAGUAAACAAACACAUACCAGUUAGUGGACCCAUAUUAUGUAAUCUGGCUGUACUAUAAUGGAAUAUUGUUAUGUAAUCAUUGUCUGUAACAACUGUAUGACCAUGAUUUAAUAAAUGGUUUUUGUUUUGUUGAUUGAAAAAACAAUCAUAGAACCAUAAGACUUCUUAUCUCGUCCUGCCAUGGUCGAUACAGGAUGUCAACCUUUAUUUUUUUUACAGUAAUACAUGUAACAUUUCUAUGUGCAAGUUCCAAAAUGAAGGCCUGUUGUGGGUACUGUUCUGGGUAUAAUAUGUCUUUACAAUAAAAUGGACUUCUCAA